CAAGAGUGGCGGGCCACUGCUUACCGCUGAACCCCGCGCUUCGGAUUUCGAGUACCUACGACAUGGGUGUACAACAGCACCGAAGGGGAUUAGUGACGAAUCCGGAUGGAAGGAAACGGAAGAAUCUUUUUUGAACUUAUGGCUGAAAGGAUGGGGACGAGAUGAAAUCAAUCUUGCUGUCUGGACUGUUGAAAUUCAUCAUGAUUGGUCGUGCAUUAAGUUUCUCACUGUCGCAAAAUUAUAACUUGCAAACAAAUGAAUAUGGCCCACAUGCACAUGUGGAUCAUAAUUUAGGUCUUCUCAUCGUUCCUUGCUCUAACUCUGAUCGGCUUUUCUUCUACUCGCGUAUCGCAGAUCGCCGCCAUCGUACUGGCGAUUCUCACUCUCGGCAACGUUUCUUUCAAGUCGGACGCUACAGGUGAAGGCAGUGAGGUAGCCAAUGAAGAAUGCCUAAAGCAGAGCGCGGAGCUGCUGGGGCUAGACUCGGAAGUGGCUCGGUUCGCCGAGUGUCUCACGCAGAAGAAGCUCUACGUGGGGAAGGAGGUACUCUGUGACUGUGGUCGCUUUAUUGCUUUAUCUUUUUCUGGCACAAACCCAUCAAGCUAGCAGGGGGGGGAAAUUUGGUGCGAAGGUGGCAGGCCUUCGAAGAAUUGCAGCGCAGUGGCCCGCGCGUGCCUCUGGGGAUGGUCAAAGCGCUCCGGGACCAGCUAGGGGCAUGCCUGUGGUGCUAUUAUUUGACGCGCUUGCCACGUGUGUGUGCCUGCGUGGUGCGAUGCAGAACGGCGGCCAGCAAAACGGUUCGCGGCUGCUUUUGUGCUCCUUUUAUUCUUAAGGCCAGGCCAUUUGUUGCGCCACCUCGCCGGCUCUGUGUGUGGGUAGCAGCUCGGCCACUUGGUGAGGUGCUUCCAGAAAGGGCGCGGCGCGGACUUGCCUCUUGGGCAUGGGUUGGAAACAUUGCAGGGGCCGGCGCUGGGUGCAGCUGUUUCGUUCGACACCACAGGCAGAAGCUGCAGGGUGUGCGCUGCUUCUUGCGGUGUCUGUUGUCCCCUCCCAACUGAUUUGCGGGCCCGGCCGGCGCCCGAGCCAUCUGCAGCCAAGCCAUGCGCCUGGGUAGUACGUAGGCGGAGGCUGGUCCCCAGUCAGAGGGCCAGGCGUGUACUGCUAGCGUGGUAUGGUGUAGAGGGUUGAGCAGUGCUUGCCCAUUCUCUUUCCCUGCAGACUGGCGCGGCGCCAACGGAGAGGGGGAGCAAGCCGCGCGGAGAUGAGGAGCCCCAAGGAAGGUGAUAGCCGUGAUGUCUAUCGCAGACUUCUGCAGCGUGUUCUUCUUUACCUUUGCCACUUCCCACGCCAAGGGCUGAAGGCACUAGGGGAGGAGGGGGCACGAGUAACGAAGUCGGCCGAAGUCGACGAGGGUAGUUGGUCCCUAGUCGCUACACCGCCUGGCUCUGCGUCAUUCUGCCAGCCCCCUCUCUGCUUGGUCUCUCCAUGGCGCUCGCUUAUCGAGCUAAUGCCUGCGGCACGCUGUCGCUGCAGCAUUUCGCGACUUUUUCGCCGCCGGCGACGCUAUAGGCGGGCCACUAUGUUCCAGCCCCCCUUGGUCAUUGUCUUCGCGGUGCUUGUCAUCGUUAUGCAUCCAACCACGGAAAAGCUAGCAGAUCCCUGAGAGCAUAUGAAGCAACAACUCGCAACAUGUCCCAACUAUGCCCGCGGAAGCGGGACGCACGUGAACGCGCAAAGGCUGCUGAAGAGGUGGCCAACCUCGCCGCGCGUAAAUACGCGAAAGCCGCGAAGAAAGCCGAGAAGGACGCGGCCCGCGUUUUCUGGGAGGAGAGCCGGGGAGACGCCGGGCGGGCUGCCCCGCGCGCGCAGGGCAGCAGUGGGGGACACGAUGCGCGCGCCUGGCGUGGAGCACGAAGCUAAAAGCCGCGCUGAACAGCCUCGCCCGCGGGAGUGCUUCAGCGCAAUGCUUCUCGACCUCAUGCCCCGCGUAUUCCGCCUAUAUCGAUGUAGACCGGGAGACAUUCUCUUCGCUAUCCAGAGUUGCUGCGCCAGUGCUUCCAGAGUAGUGCCGAAUGCUGGACUUUAUACGUUUGCAGCUUCACUACCGAUAUCACUGGCGGGACUGACUACCAAGAGCGCGGCGGCAGUGGCGGCAUUCCUCUUACUGUUGUGCUUUCCAUGGAUAAAGUACGCUGCAGCGGACGGACUUAGAGAAAUGGGCCUUGUUAUGAAGAAGAACUUCGUUGGUGUCGGUGACUGCUGGCGAGCUCUUGAGAGGAGACGCCUUUCUCGCUGCUAGCACUACCUAAGCAAGGCGGCGCGCGUCGAGAUCUCACAACGAAAAAUCAGCAAAAGACGCGCGCCGUCUCUGGACUUAGUCCCCAGGCAUCUGAUGCAGCCAUAUUUUUGCGGCUUUCCACUGCGCUACGACAUGGCAGGAGCACGGAAGGACAUAAUGCGGAAAAGGUUAGGCGCGUGCUGAUGUCUUGCAAUAUUAAAAGCCAGGGGUAACAUACUGCGCCACUGUCUCUCCGGCGCAGGUGCCUUGGGUCGCUUCGGCGUGCAUGGUCAGGGGCGUGAUCGCUGGCGUGGUCGGCUCGGUGGCUGACGCUGCGGAGCCAGCGGUUGGGCGGUGGCGCGGUGCAGCGGGGGGCUGGCCUUCUGACAAGGAAGGAAGGGGAGGUGGGCGCGCGGUGGGUCUAUUAUUUAUAUUAUCGACGGGCACCCCGUCACCGUCUGGAAGAGGGCUGCAGGAGCUUGGGAGGCCGCCUGGCGUUCUUCGGUUUCUUUAUUGCUUGCGGAGUCUCUGCCCCUCCCGCCCUCGGGCUGGUGUCGGUCGGUUCCGCUCUCUUUACAACUGGUGGCUUGGGGUUCUUUCUUGUUCGCUGCUCGGUUGAGAUGAGCCUCUGAGGCUGGGCCGCCUUUGUGCGUUGUGCGUCACCGGGAGCUCGUUCAAAUGAGCGCAAGACGAGAGAGUGAGCGGCCGCGGCGUAGCUGGCUGUUUCAUUCAUUGAAAAAGUUGCAUGCAAUUGCAAAUCAAUACAGGUAACGCCCGUGCUCCUAACAACCGAGAAAGCGCACGCUGCCAAAGACGCGAUCGCGAAGCUCUUCUACCUGCAUCUUUUCAAGGAGAUCAUUCUCAUCAUGAAUGAGACCCUUCUCGUCGCUGAUAGUCAGAAAACGAAAGUAAGCACGGACAACUACAUUGGCAUUCUUGAUAUCGCUGGAUUCGAAUCUUUUGCCGUAAACUCCUUGGAACAGCUCUUUAUAAACCUGAGCAACGAGUGCCUGCAGCAAUAUUUCAACGACUACGUCUUCAAAAGCGAGCUCUCAGUUAUGGUUCUAAAAAGAGAUAAACUCAAAGUCUUCCGAAUGUGUAUGUGUUUACAUGUUCAUGGGCUUCCUCCACGCCGUUUCCUAAGUAUCUACUUCUCGCUCUAACUACCUCCUUUACUAGUAUCAGUAGACCACGUAGGGAAAAAUACAAAGAAUUUAAAUUUUUAUAUUUUUCAGUUGAUGUCAAGAGGACUCAAGAAGAACAACAACGUCGAACAAACUAGAAAUACAGGAGUACUGCCCUUCUUCUAAUUUCCACUACAAAUCGGAAGCCGUGCCGAUCACAGAUAUCAAAUUUUCGGACAAUCUGGACAUCCUCGAGCUCAUCCAGGGUCGUCAAGGCUUGCUGGACUUAAGGCUUCCGCAGAUUCAUCUUAUUAAGAGCCGUCUUGGACACGGUUCGUUCCAAAGGGAAAAAGGUCAAAGAUGCGCCACUAUUACUUUUCAAGAUGAAUCUAGACAGGUCGUGGAGAGUGUCUAAUAGUUUACUUGGACGAAGAACUAAACGUGAACAAAGCCACCUACGAGACCUACGGUGCCAAGGUGAACAAAAACUUCGCAGAGCAUGCCAGGUUUGUGAAAAAUCGCUUCUCAGAACCUAAAUUCGCAAUCCGACACUUUGCCG